GAAAUCAUGCCAUCUGUAGCAAGAAAGACACCUACCCGAUUACUCUUCUCCUUCUUCCUCUUGCCGUAAUUGCAGCACAAAAACCAGCAAAAUCAAAACUUGAAAUUAAAACAUGGAAGGAGAAAGAAAGAAAGCAGAAGAUGAGGCUCCGCUGCAGGAAGGUUUUGACUUUAAAAAAGAAGCACUUUUAUUCGCUUCUUCUCUCAAGAAAGGCUGGCAAUACGUAGAAGCGUACUUCAGAGGACAGGCAAUGAGUUUGACGGCUAGAACUGAGAAGGAAGCCAGUGAAGCAGAAUUGCAGAAGGCAAAGAUGCAGGUUGAAGCCACAGAUGAGGCAGAGAGAAGAAGGAUUGAAUUGAAUAAGCGUUAGAGAUUCAUAUUUGGUGCUUUAUUCUGUGUUUUUUUUUUUAUUUUGUAAUGGUUUGGAUUUUUGUUGGAGUUUGUUAGUUGCAGAACUGAAGGAGUGGUUGAUUGUGAGAAUUAUGAGAUUCUGAUGAUCUAAGAUAGGAAAUUGAUGUAUAUUGCGUUUGAAUGAUUGUGGAUUUGAUUGAAGAGAGCUGUUUUUCAAUGGUGGUGAUUGGCAACAUAUAGG